UUCUUUCUUUCUCCGGUUUGCCACGCUACGCCCGCGCUUCGUCCGUUCUGCGCACACGCCUCUCGCCGUCUCGGCCUCGCGAAAGAGAGAUAGAGAAGGGAGAAUCGUUCGCGCGUCCUCCCUCCACGGAACCCUAGAGGACGAGCAGAUAAGCAGCUGGAGUCGAGCCCGCGAUCGUGGUUGUUCCUGGUCCAAUCGCAGCCAUGGAUUUCAGGAAGGUGCUCGAUAACACCGUCCGGGAGAUAAAGAGGGAGGUGAACCUCAAGGUCCUCAAGGUGCCGGAAAUCGAGCAAAAGGUUCUUGAUGCCACAAGCGAGGAACCAUGGGGACCUCACGGGUCCGACUUGGCGGACAUUGCCCGGGCCACCAAAAGAUAUGGUGAAUGUGCAAUGAUCAUGAAUGUGCUGUGGCGACGGCUGGGGGACACUGGUGCGAAUUGGCGUCAGGUGUAUAAGGCAUUGGCUGUCAUUGAGUAUCUCCUUGCUAAUGGUACUGAACGUGCUGUCGAUGAAAUUACUGACAAUAGCUCACAGAUUGCGAAACUUACGAGUUUCGAGUAUUUGGAGUCUAAUGGAAAAGAUGUUGGGCUCAACGUGCGAAAGAAGGCUGAAACAGUUCUAUCCAUUGUAGAUGACAGGGAGAAACUUCAACAAGUCAGGGAGAAGGCUGCUGCUACGAGGGAUAAGUACUUCGGUUUGUCAUCGACUGGGGUAACAUACAAGUCAAGCGCAACAUCAUUUGGCAGUGGCAGCCACUCGUCUGGUGGUCGCUAUGGGAGUACACAUAGUUCAAAGGAAGCUGAUGCAUCCAGGGAUAGCUACAGAGGCAACAUCCGUAAAGAACCAAUUUCGGAUUUUAGAAGCACUAGACAAAUGUCGAUAGGACACACGAGCAGUACAACUGACUAUAAGUCAAGAAAGGGACAAGGGCAUCGCAGGAUAAAUCAAGUUUCCUCAACAUCACACCUAAAAUCAUCAUCAAAUCUUAGCUCCACAUCUGGAGGCCCAAGUUCACAGAAAGUGAACAACGAAGAUGACAAAGACUUCAACCCACGAGGGCCUUCCGCAUCUGCUACUGCAAGCUAUAAUCACGUGGAUCUCUUUGGACAAAAUUUAAUGGAUAACCUUGUUGACACGACUGCAUCUACUUCAAGAGCACUGCCGAAUGUUGGAACUGCUUCUUUGCCAGAAGUUGAUUUAUUUGCUGAUACAGAUUUCCAGUCUGCUAAUGCUCCACUAGAGUCAGCAUCUGCUUCUCGCUCUCAGAUAUUAUCACAUGAAAAUAUUGAUCUAUUUGCGGGCAGAUCAUCAUUUGCUGGUUCUGCUAAUUCAGAUACAGAAUUCUCAGUACGCGGUAGCCCUAAUAAAUCUUCAGACCUUAAUCUAUCUUCCCUUACACAUUCCAAUGCCUCUGCUUUUGAUCUGUUUCAACCAUCCUUUGUGACAUCAUUCCCUUCAUACACCGAGUUCUCAGUGCAUAACACCCCAAGCAAAUCCAAAAAAAACUCGCAUCAGCAUUCCAGCGCUGCAGAUUUUGAUCCUUUUGCUGCAAUUCCAGUGAAGACUCUUGAUGAAUCUGACUCCUUCAGUGCAUUCUCUUCAAAUACAGCCUCAGGUCAAACUAAAACGGAAAGUGUAAAAUGUUCUGAUCGUAGUCCUUUUGAGGAGCUGAAUUUUGGUGCCUUCACUUCACAUAGGGAAUCGCCUAGAACAAUUGCCACCAAACUCAUGAAUAAGUCCCCCACAAAGCUGGAGCCGGCCUCUAUGUCAGAAUCAAAAUCAGAUGUGAAGAAAGGGGCUUUCCAGGUCAAGUCUGGCAUAUGGGCUGAUUCUUUGAGUCGUGGGCUCAUCGAUUUGAAUAUAACUGCCUCAAAGAAGAUCGAUCUUUCAGAUGUAGGGGUUGUUGGGCAAUUGAGCGACGGAUCUGAGGAUAAAGGCCCAGCUGUUCCGUGGUGCACGGGGACAACAAUGGGCACCGGAUCAGGCCUGCAAGGCAUGUCUGGUUCUCCAUCGCCCGCAGGAUCCACGGGUGGAACCGGUAAUUUCCAGCAGCAGCAGUUUGGAAGCUUCAAGUGAUCCUAACUCCGGAUGUUCUUGGGUGAGAGUGUAUCGUUAUCCACGGUUCUUGCAGAGUUGCAGUACCCGACUUCCUGGAUCAUUUAUGCAGUAUUUCUCCUGACAUCUCACCAAUGAUCAGGUGUUUCUGAGAUGGCUAGUUCUGGUAUUGCAAAAUAACUGUCAUCUUCGUGGAAUCGUGGUGUUCAAGAAAAAAAUAUUCGCCCUUGAUGUUCUUUAGUUUUGUAUCUGUUAGCUCAUCCAAAGUAAAUAUGUAUGUGCGCACAGAUAGUGCAAGCAGGAAUCCUGUAACUUUACCUCCUCUAUUGUAUAGUGUACACCCGAAAUUAGGCAUUUCGCGUUGGCUACGGAUGAAUAUGAUAUCACUCAUUUUUUUAGUAAA